AUGGACAAUUAAUUUGAACUUGAAUAAGUCAAUAGGUAAUUAGAUAUAACUUAUAAAUAGUAAAUCUGAAAUUAUUCUUGAGAAAUGUCUUUCAAUGAUGCGUCCAGAAGGACUUGAAUAAUUUCAUUUUAGAAUAGAAGAAUAAUUUUAUAAAGUCAAAGUAAAAAAUGAAUUAAUUUAAAUUGUAGUAAAAUAAAGUACUAUUGAUUCAUGAGAAAGAGGGAGAUGAUUUAUAAACAAUGAUUUCAUAUUGGAUUUAAGAACAUUAAUAAAGAAAUGUAAGUAUUAUUAAAGAAUAAAGAGAGAUCUAAUUAUUCCAUAUUUUGUUGAGCAUGAGAACUAAAAUCAUUAUUAUGCUAUAUAUUACAUUUUAACUAAAUUAAGAGUAUUUAUAUUGAAUAUAUAGGCUGUUUUUAAUAUUACAUAAAAAGUUGAAUUAGAGAGUGAGAAAUUGAAACAGUAUUUUGAAUAUUGGUUGAAUUUGUGUUCAAGAGAACUUGGCAAUUAAUUAUAUAAUGAUUGUAAAGUAGCAUACAAACGAGUAUAUAAUAUAGUAUUAUUGAGGGUCAUUAUUGUAAUACAAGGCAUCGAUAAAUUUUAUAGUGGUGGAGAAGUUCGUGUAUCAUCUUGGUUACCUAAAAUACUACCUGAUAAUAUUAAACUUAUUGCAUCAGCCAGAUUUGGUAGUAAAGCCUAUGAAUAUUAUUAAUCUAUUGGAAAUCCUAUCAUUCCUAUGUAAAAUAUUCAUUCUAUGAUUUUUAGUGAAAAUGAAAGUACUGAAAUUUUGA